AAAUUUUUUCCAUUGACAAUGAUUCAACAAGAAGGUAAUCCAUAUGUACGAGAUGAUACAAUGUUUAUUAAAGUAAUGGUUGAUUUUGAUGACAUGGCAAAAACAUUGUUACCAUAUGCUUUGAGUCUUAAUCCUGGAUUACCUUUGCAUAUUCAACAAUUAAUGAUAAAACAAGAAGCAGAACGAAGAGCACAACAACAAUCUCAACAAACACCUACAUCACCUGCAAAUCGUCCCAUAACAUUAACAAUGCCACCAAACGAUGAAACACAAUCAGGUCAAACAAUAUUUAAUAUUAUUCCAUCACCGAAUACGACAAAUCCUAAUGAUAGAUCACAAGAGUAA